GUAACGUCGCGAUCUAUUAUCUUGACGCAGGACACUCUGUUCCGAUGCAGCACUCUUGCAUCAAAGGCAACGCUUGCCCUGGUGCACGCGGCCUUUCAAGACUGCAUCAAUGUGGUAAUCUGAGAGGGACAGCGUCAGCUUCCCCCAUUGGACGUCACCCAUUUAUCAAGUGGCUUGCUGCCCGAUCCUUCCAGUUGAGCUCUCCAAUAUCAGGACGCAGGAAUGCUCUGGACUUGGCGAUCCAAAGAAUCAGAGGGGGAAGGAGUGAAUGGCCUUUCGCUGGAGGAGCACGCCGAGCGGCAGUCAUGUGGUUCCGCAAUGAUCUUCGGGUUCACGACAACGAAGCCUUGGCCAUUGCAAACAGAGAUUCGUCUUCUCUGCUCCCAGUAUACUGCUUUGAUCCUCGAGAAUACAGCAGCAGUGGCAAUGGUAUCAACAGUACUGGGCCAUACAGAGCCCAGUUCAUUGUGGAUGCUGUGAUGGAACUGCGUAACAGCUUGAGAGCCAUUGGCUCAGAUCUUAUCGUGCGCAUUGGCAAGCCCGAGGAGGUUUUGACGGAUCUGGCAAAGAAGGUGGGAGCCAGCAAGGUGUUCUGCCACUCAGAAGUGACGUAUGAGGAGGACCUGACAGAGAAGCAGGUGGCUGCUGCGCUGAAGGUCGAAGACAUCCAGCUGAAGGCCAGCUGGGGAUCCACCCUUUACAGCCCAGAUGACUUGCCCUUCAAGCUAGGCGACUUGCCAGCGACACAUGGGGAGUUCAGAAGCAAGGUGGCUUCUCUAGCUGUCAAGCAGCCCGAGAAAGCACCUGCCCAGCUCAAAGGCAAACCAGUGGGGUCCCAGGGCAUUUCCUCUGGUGACAUUCCCACCCUCGCCCAGUUGGGCUUACAACCGCUCUCCAACAUCCCUGGCGCUCCCAAGUGCAGGGGAGGGGAAAGUGAGGGCUUGGCUCAGCUGAAUCGCCUGCUGUCCAGAACCUCUAUGAAGGCUGGUCCAGGCAGCAACAUCAGUGCUGCAUUCUCAAACGAGGUGUCACCCUGGCUUGCCUUGGGCUGCCUCUCACCGCGACGCAUGUAUGCAGAGGUGCAGGCUCGGCAGGCCUCCAGCAAUCCGACUGUUGUGUCUUUAAUGCAUGCGGAACUCAUCUGGAGGGACUUUUUCCGUUUCACAGCCAAGAAGUAUGCGUCAGAGUCCAUCAUCAGGAGCUCUGCGCAGCAAGAGGCUCCAGCUGUGGCCAGCGCCUCGCCAAGGUUGUCCAUGGCGUUUGCCUAAUUGGUCUGCAAUCAUCGGACCGAUUGGACGAUAAAUUGUCCCGGGCUGAACCAACAUCGUCAAGAUUGAGAGACAAGUGAAAGGUUUCUGAUGGGAGCCUAGUCUGGCAAGCUGGACAGAGACAGUGUACAAGAUUGUUUCACAGACCAGAAGAUGCCUCAGUGCCCUUCUUCAGGUCGAUCCUUGCAAGUGUCCUGGUAUCUUCAAGCAAUGUGUGCAAAAAUUGCAAGUCUGCAGAGACUAACGGAGAAGAUAAUUUCUGGCCUUGGCCCUCUUUUUAGUUCUGAUAUUAUAUAAUAUGCAAUACUCAUUCGCCCUCCUGUGCACUGUGUAUUAGUACAAGGACCUAUCUAGGGAAGGCCAGCCGUGGAGAGUAAUAAGUGGAUGCUCAAACUGUAUGUAUCUAUAAUGUGGCAUGCUCUGUCAGAAUAGUGGCCCUGUGGCAAGACGAUAUCUGUACCAGCGGAUGAACAGUUUCCCCGAGCCCCAGUUGAUGAGAGAUGCUGAUAUUCGUGCCUGCACAAGUGGCAAAAUCGAUAUUGAGAUUACUGAAUAUCAAGUCUUUGCCAGCCUUUCAACUUUUUCAAUGUAACAGGCACCUGUAACCAUAGUUAUAAUGC